UCUGGGCACAGUAGAGCUGCGAUGAGCUUCCCGAGGCGAACAGGGUGGACUGGGGUCCCCAGCGGACGGGGUCUGGGCCUCCUGCUCUGGUUUUUCCUGCCGGUCUGUGCUACAGCAAGCUGCAGCCGUGAGUUCAGAGGUCCUCUUUCGCUUAACCAAAAUUUCUCCAUCACAUCUCAGCCCAGGCCUGGACAACCGUGGUGUGAGAUUCAAGGCCAGGUCAAUGGAAACAAGUUUCUUUAUUAUGUCUGUGGGAGCAGGCAGGUCAUACCCACUGGUCCUUAUGGGAUGAAGCUGAAGGACACAGCAUUUUGGGACACACAGAUGGAAACUCUGGAGGACCUGGGGGAAGAGCUCAGAAAGAAACUGCUGGACAUCAAAGCAGAGUUGGUCACUAAGAGCGGUGAUUCUCUCACCAUGCAGGGCAGCCUGAUAUGUGAGCGUGGGGCUGAUGGACACAGCAGAGGAUCCUGGCAGUUCGCCUUCAAUGGGCAGUUAACCCACCUCUUUGACCCGGAGAACAGAAAGUGGACAGUGGUUCCUCCUGGAGGCCAACAGUUCAGAGGCACGUUGGACAAUGACAGAGAGCUGACCAAGCUCCUCGUGAGGACCGCAAACGGAGACUGUAAGAGGUGGCUCCAGCACGUGUGGGAGCACUGGGAUGAGAUGCAGGAGACCACAGGUAACUCAGAGGACUGGAUGGAGUGCUGAUUCUCUUGAAAUGACCUCGACCUACACCACAGUGUGGGCGGUGUGUGUGUGUGUGUGUGUGUGUGUGUAGAGAGAGAAAUUGAUCCAUCCAUGGGAAAUUCUUCUUGGCAGAAUAAUGGCUACAGGAAUGUUCUAGAAUUCUUCUGUUCCCGUCUCACCUCCUGAAAUCACUUCCUCAAUGCAUACACCUUUGUGUUUGGGCAUUUCUUGAAUUUCUUGCUGGCCCCAAACAGGGGAGCAUCAGCCUGUUUCCAGAGAUGGUCUUAUGUUCUUUUAUCUGAGAAUUAACUGUCUUUUUCAUGUCAGCUGGUGUGCUGUCAGAAAUCCUUCAUUGCCACCCAGACUGUCGUUGUCACCAUCCUUGUCCUGCAUCACCUCCUGUCUGUCACAGCAUGAGCGACUGCUUACCUUGCAAACCCUGCUUCCCCUUUUGGCGGGAGGAGCCCCUCGGGGACAGGUGCAUCCCUCCUCCCUCCCGACAUCAGGACAGGUCACAGCAGCCGCCACAAGGACAGUGAUAGACACUGAUUGGUAGGAUGCAACUACAGGAGCUGAGGAAGCUUCCCCCAGUUUGGGGUCCUGACUGAGGAUCUUAUCCUUGCAUUUUCA